UCACACACACACACACACACACACACACACACACACACACAUAACCACGAAGUCUAAUUAGAGAACUCGAUCAAACACAUUAUUGCCACCACCGCGUUUUCGAGUCUGGCGCUUUCUGACAACCCUCCCCAAAGUAGGGUAUAUAAACGUAACUCUACGGGCUGGCUCUCCCAUUUCCAGUGUCUCCGCCGCGGGCAACAGGAAGGAAGGAAAAGGAAAGAGGAAAUAACAGGGCAGGAUGAGGGGCGCGGUGACGUGCUUACUGGUGGUGUUGAUAGUGGUGCUGAGUGGAGGUACUGGAGGGGUGGAGGCAGCCCCGUCCACACCCUAUUACACUCUAGAUACCCAAGGAGACGCCCCCCGCCUGCUGCUUCCUCUCUCGUUAUUGCUGCGAGAGGACGCCCAAGACCUUCUCAGUGACCCCCAGCCGCCCCCCGUCGCCCCCCAGCCGGACAAGAGAGCGGGAAGGAGGUUUAGGACUGGCUCAAGCAGGGACGUUGAGGAGUACCAGGUGUGCAGGCCGAGCAGGCGAGAGGUGGUGGCGCUGUUGCUGGCCUUGCACGAGGUGAGGCAAGGCCGCAACCCCGACGCGAUGGUCAGCCUCUGCAACAUCCUGGCGCACCCGGCCUCGCUCGACACCAACAUACGCUUCCUAGGCUGAGACGACGACGAGAGGGGAAGAAAAGGGAAGGAAGGAGAGGGUGGAGAGAGAAAAGGACAGGGGAGAGGAGUGAGGAUAUGAGCGAAGGAAAAGAAAGGAGGAUGAAGAGAAAGGCAGUGGGAGGGGAGGGAGGGAAUGGACGAGGGAGGGAGGAGAAGGUGAAGAGAGAAGGGAGUGAGGGAAUGAGCGAAGGAAGGCAGAGGGUGAAGAGAGAAAAGAACAGGGGAGAGAAAUGGAGUAAUUGGUGAUGGAGGGAGGAGAGGAUGAAGAGAAAGGAGUAAAUGGUGAAAAAUGAAGGAAGAAUGAAAAAGAGAGAGAGAGAGAGAGAGAGAGAGAGAGACGGUAAAAAUCUUAAAUA